AUGCUACACACAGUCCUACCUAAGAAAGAUAUCCGAAAAUUCCAAGGGGAUCCAUCGAAAUAUUGGUCAUUCAUGCGCUGUUUCUCAACCUCGGUGGAUUGCCUCCCAAUCAACGAUGAUGCAAAGUUAGUCUAUCUCAUUCAGUUUUGUGAAGGACCAGCAAAGGAAGCCAUCGAAGACUUAGUUAUCUUAGAUGGUCAGGAGGGUUACAGAAAGGCCAAAGAAACAUCGAAGAAGCGUUUCGGGCAAAACCACAUGAUUGCUCAUGCUCACAUAAACCGCAUCACCGAUGGAGCACCUAUUCCCAUCAAUGAAAACCUGAGUCUGAUGACGAUGGCUCAACAGAUGAGGGUAUGCGAGGCCACACUAACGCAAUUAAAUUGCAAGUCUGACAUGAAUGCUUACAGAACGUUGGAGUGUAUUGUCCGACGAUUGUCAAGGACUUUACAACUCAAGUGGGCUGAAGUAACCGCAGAUUUGACAUUAGAACAAGAUGAACCCCGGUUUACCCACCUUCGUGCAUUUAUCGAACGUCAAUCCGAGAUAAGGAACUCAAACUUUGGUGUUCUGGUUACCACUCAUCCAUCACCAAGGAAGCAAAGGACUUCGGGAUUCGAGGCUGGUCGUAAAUCUACAAUCUUGGCCAUUCAGAAGAGCGACGACGAAUUGUUAGCUGUUUCUCCAAAGAUAUGGUGCCACAUUAUAUCGAUCAGUGCACCAAGUUCCUCCGGCUGUCUCCGGAACAACGUUUUAUUGCCGUAA